UGUCAUUAAAUUCUACCGUUUUUAAAGUAUUCAACGACUGCAGCUCCCACCUUUACCUCGGCAUUUUGUUUGUAGUCGCUUGAGUUAAUUCACACUACAUUUCCCAUGGUGCUUGUGUUAUAAGAGGGGCUUGGCUUCUUGGACGCGCGAUCAGCGCGCGAUGCGAAGUAAACUAUUUGAAAGAAAAAAUGGCGGAAAAACAUACUGGAGCUGCACAAGAAAGUUGCUGCACUGUCGCCGUUGCUGGUGAUUUUCCAGAUGAGGGCAACUCACUGACAUCAACAUCGAAUAAACGCUCGUCCACAAGCCCCAGCACAGUUCCCCCAAACAAAUCUCGCCGUACCAUUUCCCCCACCACAUCGACGCCAGACGCUGAGGAAGGCCAGUCAGCGAUGGACAAACUAAAAAGGCAGACAGAAGUCACAGAGGGAACUUCGAGUCCCACUGCACGGAGGAAAACCUGGAGGAGAGCAACCAUAACCCGACGCUCUCUCCCAGCCCUCCCCCACCCAUAUCAGGUUUUGUCCAGGAGCAUAAGUGCAUCCAUACCACAACAAGAGAGGCUCGAGAAACUGGAGGAGGCUUCAAUGAAGAUGGCAAUAGAAAGAACUCAGGAUUUGCUGCAAUCAGUACCGAACAGCUCACUGGAGUCAUUACAAAAAAAAGUUGAGCACAUGGAGAAAGAUUGGGGACAUCUUAAAAAACGCAAAGAACCAGAGAAUGAUGAACUCUCUACCAAAGCAGCCAGUGAUCCUGCAGUUCAUAGAGCCAACGAAAAGUUACAGAAGGCUCUCAAUAGGCUGCAGGCUGAAAGUGAAUCUUGGGAGGCACUGUUGAACAAACACAGGAGUAAAGCAGAGGAACUGGCGAGGAAAGUGGAACGGGGCCAGGAAGGAGGCAUACCAUUAGACUCAGCAUCUGUAGCCCAGUCAUCACAGUACCAUUGCAUUCAGAGCAAACCCGACUACAACGCUCUGCUCUGUCGACAACUGCCCAUGCUUCACACUAUGACAAUGAUUAUGGACACUCAAAGUAAGAUGGUUAAACAGCUUUCAUCCAUCAAGGAGCAGUUGCAGUUAUUGGUGAAAGAGACCAGUGGCAGAUUGGCGGCAGAGGUUGGAAUCCAGGAUUCUUUGCCUGACCUCAUCAGGAAUUUCAUUGCUGCACCUUUACCCUCGACAACUUCAUAGUCCCUUUGGCUGGAGGCAAGCACAAGCAAUCGAUCAUCUAAUUGGUCAUGGCUCAUUAUGGAUUAUUGAUGAAGCUCAUAUAUUUGUGUACCUUCUGGUAAAUUCACUGACAUGUGAUUUGAAAACUUUCAUUGCCAAGUCUUUUUUCGUCUGGAAUUAUUAUAUACAUUUCUUUGUCAGAAGAAUGUUCUGACUUCUGUCCGCUGCAUGUCUGACUGUGGCAAUAGUUCAGUUAGUCCAUGUGUUUGACCAGCAGGUGGCAGUGGCUGGCUAUACAAUGUUAUGAGAAGCUUGGUGAAAGGCCAGAGUGGAUUUUUCUGUUAGGCCAUCAUUCAUUGUAUUACCUGUAAAACCUGAAGCUGUUAAGACUAGACUGCAAGCUGUUAGGAAUUAAGGAACAAGCAAAUGUUUCCCAAACCUUUGUAAAAACAUCCCCCCCAAACAAGUAAUUGCUCCUUGUUCCUGAAAUAAAAAAAAUAAUCUCUAUAUUGGGAACCAA